GUUUAUAUCGAUGGAUAAUCUCCCUUUGUUUGAGCCAAGCUCAUUUUACAUUUUAUUUCUACAGUUGAAUCAUUAUCAUCGAACUUCUGGUGUUUCAGGUGCACGAAGUCCUAAAUUAUGGCUGGAAUCCCGCUGUGUGGUAAGGAUCCAAUUCAAGACAAUCUAUUACAGAUGGAAAUAGCAACACACAUUUCAGGCAGCGUAUUUUAUCAGAUAGUUGACCCUAGCAAACAAAGGGGAGAACAAAGCAGUGACAAGUAUUUUAAAUGUAAUUACUGUAAUAAGUUGUUUGAAAGUAAUGGAGACCUACAGAAACACAUAAGAACACACACAGGUGAUAAACCGUAUAUAUGUGAUGAAUGUGGUAAAGGUUUUAGUCAGAGCAGUAAUCUACGUACACACAUGGGAAUACAUACAGGGGAAAAACAUCACGAAUGUAAAACAUGUGGUAAGUGUUUCCGUCUGAAAUCCUGCUUACUGGAACAUGUAAUGAGAAUGCAUACAGGUGAAAAGAAAUACAACUGUGAUGUAUGUGGAAAAGGAUUUUACACCAAACCUAAUCUGAGGAGUCACAAGAGAAAACAUGCAGGUGAUAUAACAUAUAAUACCAUAACGGGAGAUAUCGCAAAUAAACCAGAUCACAUCAACCCCUCUAAUACCGUUCAGAAACCAGAUAACAGCAACGGAAGUGGUAUAGCCGAUAAAACAGAUCACACCAAAGGAGUUGAUAUCGCCGAUAAACCAGAUCACACCAAAGGAGUUGAUAUCGCCGAUAAACCAGAUCACACCAAAGGAGUUGAUAUCACUGAGAUUUCUAAGAUCAAUAAAGGUGAAGGAAAUGAUCUUGAUUUCAUCAAAAACCUUAAGGGACAUAUUGCUGAAAAAUCUUCUAAUGAUCUCUACCCAAGCGGAACAUUAAAUUUACACAUCAGAAGGGAUCGAAGACGUUUCAAAUGUUUUGCGUGUGGAAAGGGAUUUGCAGCAAUUAGUAUUCUUGAAGCACAUGUGAGGACACAUACUGGGGAAAAACCAUUUAAAUGCGAAAUAUGUGGUAAAUCAUUCAGUGAGAAACGAAGCGUAAAGGAACAUUUGCGAAUACACACUGGGGACAAACCUUACAAAUGCUAUCUGUGUGAAAAAGAUUUCAGUAGUUGCAGUAAUCUUCAAAAACACGUUAGAACGCAUAGUGGUGACAAACCUUAUGAAUGUUAUUUCUGUGGAAAGCAUUUUUCUUCGACCAGUGUGAGAAAGGCUCACAUACGUUCUCAUACAGGUGAGAAACCAUAUAAAUGUAACAUUUGCGAUAAAGGAGUUACAUCUUCUAGUAGCUUACAGGAACACAUAAGAACACAUACAGGUGAGAAACCAUAUAACUGUGACGUUUGUGGGAAGAGAUUUACUAAGUCUAGUAACUUACAUGUACAUAUGAGAACUCAUACGGGCGAAAAGCCCUAUUCAUGUUCUAUAUGUGGAAAACUGUUUAAUACAAGUAGUAAUCUCUACAAACACAAGAGACAGCACACGGAUAAAGAUGAUAAAGCAUACAUGAGUGAUGAAUGCAAUAAACUUAGCGUUUAAUCAUUGAAUGUGAUAAGUGUAACUUAUUUUUACUGGUGCAGAAUUUGCGUGGAGGAGUGAAAAUUAUCAUAAAAGACCUACUGGCUAUUUGACGUUGAUAUACAACUUCUAGUUAUGGUAGAUACAGCGACAAAGGCCUUUAACUGUUGACACUUAUUAUGCUUAUUGCAUUCACUACAAUUACAUUCUUCCCCAUCGGUAUUUUUCGUGAUCAAAGUGUUAAGCGACAUAUUGUAUUAACGAUGCUUAAACUAAUUGUCAGAUGUGAAUGUUGUUGUUCGAUAUCAAAAAGGGGAACUUGUUAAAAAAUUGUAUUCGAAAUCAUGAA